UUGUCUGCACACACGCAUACUCUUGUCAAAUCAAAUCAAGUGUCAAAUUCACGAAAUGUGUUGAACUGAUGAAGAGUUUUAAUUCUUUUAGGUGUUAAAUCUUUUUAUCUCCUAUAGUUCCUAGGCAAAAAUAUCAAAAUGAUCAGUAAAGCUGCUUAUGUGUGCUUAAUUUAUUUUAUCAGUGCUUUAGUUAUUACACUAGCCGGUCGCGAUUUUUAUCAAAUACUCGGAGUAUCUCGUUCGGCAUCUACGAACGAAAUCAAAAAAGCUUAUAGAAAAUUAGCAAAAGCCCUUCAUCCUGAUAAAAAUCAAGAUGAUCCAAAUGCAUCACAAAAGUUUCAAGAUCUUGGAGCUGCAUAUGAAGCGCUGUCGGACCCUGAGAAAAGAGAACUGUAUGAUCGUUGCGGCGAAGAUUGUCUCAAGAAAGACGGUAUGAUGAAUAACAACGAUCCAUUCUCGAGCUUUUUUGGUGACUUUGGCUUCCACUUUGGUGGAGAGCCCCAACAGCAUGAGGCCCCACGCGGCGCUGACGUCGUUAUGGAACUGACUGUGUCAUUGGAGGAACUCUACAAUGGGAAUUUCAUAGAAAUAACACGCAAUAAGCCAGUAAUUAAAGCUGCCUCAGGGGUGAGGAAGUGUAACUGUCGUCAAGAAAUGGUGACAAGAAACUUGGGUCCUGGCCGGUUCCAGAUGAUGCAGCAGACUGUAUGUGACGAAUGUCCUAAUGUGAAAUUUGUCAAUGAGGAGAGACUUCUGGAAAUUGAGGUUGAAGUUGGUGCCCCAGAUGGACACAAAUCACGACUAAGAGGAGAAGGUGAACCACAUGUUGAUGGAGAACCUGGGGACCUCAUUAUUGUGUUAAGGACAGAAAGACAUCCACAAUACACAAGGAAAGGUGAUGACUUGUACACCAAUGUCACAAUAUCAUUACAGGAUGCCCUGACUGGGUUCACCCUGGAGCUGCAGCACCUGGACGGACACACGGUGGCGGUGUCCCGGGACAAGGUGACGUGGGCGGGCGCGCGCGUGCGCAAGAAGGGCGAGGGCAUGCCCAACUUUGAGAACAAUAACCUCCACGGCAAUUUGUAUGUCACGUUUGACAUCGAUUUCCCCAAGCAGGACUUCACUGAUGAAGAGAAGGAAGCAUUGCGGAAAAUACUUAAGCAGGCACCAAAUAACAAAAUAUACAAUGGACUAUAGUAGCAAUACUGCCAAUAAUAAUUUAUUUAAGUAGUUAAAUGAGUGCUGUGAAUGGUAUGAUAUGAACAAAGUCAGGUUUGUGUGACAGCCAGGUCUUGUGUUAAUGUGCGAUUGUUUUGUAAAAUAAACUCUAAUACCCAGUC